AUAUGAUUGGUGGCGAGUGCGGAAGCCAAAUAAGAGCGUGUAUAUUGCCUCAGAAUGUAAACAAAUUUGUACAAGGCAGGUACCACCGGCACAUAAUUUACGGCACGUUUAACAUAUUGGUAAAAACAUUACUAAUGUUUGGUUGACAGUUGGUGAUUAGUCUUACAAUUUAUCGGCACAAACAACUAAAAUAGAUAUAACGUUAGCUACCAACAAUACAAUAAUGAGCAACUCGUCCACCUCAAUGGCUCACACUCUCAGCUUCGGAUCUGUCCGUCAAAGCCCCCCGCUGAGUUCACAUUUUGCACUGACACAUGGACUGUUGGAUUCAGCUGCCGAGCAGUUAAUGGUUCAGAGGGAUUUCCAAGCUGCUUUCGACACAUGUGAGAGAGGUCUGGUGAGCCUUUUAAACGCGGAGCAAGAAGACAGCAGGUAUGGGGAGUUGAAGGCUGCACUCUGCAUUGUGGGGAUUCAAGCAUUGGCUGAACUCAAUCAGUGGCCUGGUGUACUGGAAUGGAUUCUGCAACAUUAUGAGUGCCCUGAGAAAAUAUCUGCAAAAAUAAUGCAGAUGUGCAUACUCCUCUACACCAAAGUGGGUGAGCAAGCUAUGAUGCAGGAGGCAGGCCAUGUUUGGCUGUGCUGCCCAUCCAAUGGGAGAUUGGCAGGAUUUGGUACUGUAGCAGAGCUUUAUUUACUGCAUAUUCUAGUGCCUUUAGGUCAUAUGACAGAGGCACGGGAGUUGGUUUUUGGUGAGGUGGGAGGUAUUGCAUUCACAGAGGACCAGAAACAAACAGCACUGGAUAUCGUGGAGAAUAAAGAGAACCUCAGCCAAGAACAACAUCCAAGCCCUAAUCCCAACACCAGUCCUGUGGUGGUGGUUGCUGGACUUAACACACCUCAAGGUGCUGUGAUUCAGAAACUUGAGGCCUUGCUUAGGCUUUUGAACAGAGGACUAUCAGUAGCCAGUGGUGGGUUAUUCCGUCUUCAGAGAUUUUUUCUGGCUGCGGUCCUUCUCUACAUGCUUUUUGUCCGAAUGGAUCCAGCUCAUCCCUCAUCUUUCCCCUGGAUCUCACAGAUGUUGCAGAUGCUGAAGCAGAUGUGGGACGCCAUGUUUGCUCCUUACUAUCGAGCCAGAGCUCAGAGCUAAGAACUGUAAAACCAUACAGGCUGGUGCUGGGACAUUAUGGUUUAAAAUUGACUGAGAACCAAGAGCUCACCAUGACCCUCACCAUGUAAACAUGAAUUAGUGACUGAGAUAAAGAGAGAAAUUAGAGGGGCUUUUGUUGGCAACAACAACAUUUAUAACUGUAAGGCAGAAUGUGAACAGCAUGGAUACCUGUGAAGGCAGAAUGUGAUAGUAGUAGUCAGAAUUAAUUUCCUUGGUGUUGCAGAUUCAGUUGCUCCCAUAUAGAUGUGUGUGUGCGAGCGAGCCAGAAAGCGAUUGAGUUGUGUGUGGUGACACAUUUUGUGUUUGAUAUGAAUUGCCCAAUCCAAAACAACUGCUGUAAGCAAGCUAAUUGUAAUCAGAUGCAUGUCAGACAAAUUAUAACUUUUACAUGACAGUGAUCGAUUUUUAAUUGGUCAAAUGAUAAUUAUCUCAUUAUGAAUUACUCAAGUAUCUUUCAAUAGGGUCUGGCUCCAGCAGAUACCUUCUCAGGACACAGACGCUGUGAGGUAUACGGGCUCAGACUGGUUGAUUGCUGCCAGAGAGGAUGGCGCAUGUAUUAGCGAGCUAGUGUGUAUUAGAUAGCUAGUGUGUACUAGGUUUACUAGCUAGCUAGUGUGUACUAGGUUUACUAGCUAGCUAGUGUGUACUAGGUUUACUAGCUAGCUAGUGUGUACUAGGUUUACUAGCUAGCUAGUGUGUACUAGGUUUACUAGCUAGCUAGUGUGUACUAGGUUUACUAGCUAGCUAGUGUGUACUAGGUUUACUAGCUAGCUAGUGUGUACUAGGUUUACUAGCUAGCUAGUGUGUACUAGGUUUAUUAGCUAGCUAGUGUGUACUAGGUUUACUAGCUAGCUAGUGUGUACUAGGUUUACUAGCUAGCUAGUGUGUACUAGGUUUACUAGCUUGCUAGUGUGCAGUGGGAGCUAUACGCAGGUAUACCCACUUUUUUUCAGUGGGCAUUGCGUAUUACUUCUUAAUCCCCACUGAUGCAUAUCCAAGUUAUACGCCAUACCAAUUAUGUACUACAAUAGCAAUUAUGUAGUACAAUAGCGACAUCAUGCACAAAGUAGCCUACAUAAUCGCAAAGCAUGUGAAAUAUAUUCACAUGCGCAGCACACACAUAGCUCAUUUCUGCAGAAUAUCAGGCAGCAACCACGCUCAAUUGGUUUUCGCAUUGGAGCAGCUCAGAAUUGAACGACAUCAGUAGCUGGUAUUGUAGGAAAGAGGUUUCAACUUUUACCUGGCAGAAUGAAAUCAUGAUGAUUUGUAUCCAUUUGGAGGGCAUUUGUUUUGCAAACUCUGCCAUGUAGGCCUACAUUGUACAGUACAAACACAUGGCUAGCCAAAUGGUCACUUGCUAUGUGAGCAAUUCAAUUAAAAGGCAACCACACCCUCAAAAUAUUUAUAUUUUUCCCAGACCAGAGAAAAUGGACUCCUGGUGUGUUUUAAGCAUUGUUGUGGACUUAGUUGUUUUUCUAUAAAAAAGUGUGAUUUUGAGUGAAAACCUGAUAUAUAGUAAAACAGAAGAAAAAAAACUGUAGGAAAACAGCAUUUUUCACACAGAGUGCCUUUCCUUCACCGGCAAGCCUUUUUGGAUUUUGGGGGGGGGGGGGCAAAAUUAGAGUAUACCCACUUCUCCAAGCAUCACUGCUAGACAGGGUUUCCAGUUAGCCUGUAAUAGCUGUUUUUUUUUUUUUUUUUUUUUGCAGAUUAAGUAAAAUUGCCACCUGACAAUUGUCUGGGAGAAGAAGAAAAAUCCCAUUGUGAAAUAAUGCUUUUUAGCCUAUUAAUUGAUAGAAAUACCAGUUGAUUGAAAUGCAUUUGACCAGUCAUGCUUAUUGGCCUGUCUUCAUUUGCAUAAUUUUGUGGAAUUGAAUUGGCAUGUGUGUAUUAUA